AUGGCGGAGGGCCCGCGGCCGAAGAGGAAGCGGGAGGAGGAUGAGGCGGCCGGAGCCGCGCCCCAGGAUGGGGCCGGCGCCGCCGUCCCCUUCCCGCUGGCGGAGCUGCGGCUGCGGCGUGUGCUGCGGGAGUCGGCGCGGGACAAGGCCGUAUUCCUGCACGGGGAGGUGACCGGUCCCUCCGGAGAGGGGACAGACGCUGUAGUCAUCCUGGAAAAGACUCCUUUCCAGGUGGAGAAGGUGUCGGACCUGCUGAAGAAGCACAUGAAGCUGGAGCUGCAGAUGCGCAAUGACAUUUACAGCACGUACCACCUCUAUCCUCCCCCGGAGCUGAGCGAGAUAAAAACCACAGUGGUGUACCCCGCCACGGAGAAACACCUUCAGAAAUACCUCCGUCAAGAAGUGCACCUCAUCCGUGAAACCUGGGAGGAUUACAAGAACAUAACGCUGCCCUUCAUCCAGUCCCAGAGCUUCAGCAUCCAGUGGGUGUAUAACAUCCUGGAGAAGAAAGCUGAAGCCGAUCGAAUCAUCCAUGAAAACCCAGAUCCUUGCAAUGGCUUUGUUCUAGUUCCAGAUUUUAAGUGGAAUCAAAACCAGCUGGAUGACCUCUACCUGAUAGCCCUCAUUCAUCGCCGGGAGGUCAAAUCGCUUCGGGACCUCACCGCUGAGCACCUCCCGCUGCUGAGGAACAUCUUGCAAGAAGGCAAGGAGGCCGUAGCGAAGCGCUUCGGUGUGCCUGGAUCCCAGCUGCGAAUCUACCUGCAUUACCAACCCUCCUACUACCACCUGCACGUGCAUUUCACCGCCCUGGGCUACGAUGCCCCGGGCAGCUCUGUCGAGAGAGCCCAUCUCCUGGCAGACGUGAUUGACAACCUGGCGUUGGACUCCAUGUACUACCAGAAACGGGCUUUGACCUUCGCCCUUCGGGCUGAUGAACUUCUGUUUAAGAAAUUCCAGGAGGCAGGAAGAGUGUGAGCUGGCAGAGGCCCUUUUGUAUCUUUUUAUUUUUAAUAAAUGCCCGUUUGGGGGGUUUUUUUAAAAGGUUUUGGUGCUUUUAUUUUUUUUAACUCUGAUUUUGUACAAAUUGGGGCUGAUGGCCCAUUGCUAUGGAAACCAUUCCUUCCGCUCAAGUCAA